CCCAAUGAAUCCAAUUGCGGCAAAUGUUUCAUUUAUUUUAUAUACAAAUGAGUCGACUGAUGGACAGGUAUUUUCGUGGAAAAACGAUUCAAUUUACAAUGAGAUAUAUGAUGCAAAAUUUUUUCCGGACAAAAAAAUUGUUUUCAUAAUACAUGGUUAUACCGAUUGUUUUAGAGAUUGCUAUAUUGGUGACCAUAUUAGAAGUGAUUGGAUGGCUAAUAUGAAAGAUUAUUUUUUAAACUACAAUUAUAAUGUAAUAAUUGUUGAUUGGCGUGAAGCGGCAAAAUCAAAACUCUACUUCAACUCUGCGUUUAAUACGCAAAUUGUUGGCGCACUGGUAGCCGAAUUUAUCAGGACAUUGAUCGGCUAUUUUGAUGUCUCGCCAGAAGAUUUUCAUCUGAUUGGCCACAGUCUUGGUGCACAUGUAUGCGGUUUUGCCGGCAAACGUUUUAAUGAGACAAAAAUCGGACAAAUCACUGCAUUAGAUCCGGCCGGUCCCGGAUUUUAUACUUAUAGUCUCAAUAAAAACGACGCAACACUUGUUAAAGUUAUACAUACGAGUGCCGGUGUAUUAAAAUCGGUUGACAAUUAUAUCGGUGAAAACCUAUUUGAAAGCAUACAAUUUUUUGGUUUUUUGGGUAACGGUAAUUCAUUGGGACAUUUAGAUUUUUGGCCCAAUGCUGGCAAUGGACAGCCUGGUUGUGGAAAAUCAUUUAGCAAUUUAUUUGUUUUUGAAUUGAAAAGUAUACGUAAAAAGGUGGUCUGCGAUCACUCGAGAGCUACAAUAUUGCCAUUAUUUGGUCACUUGCACGACAAUAAAGAUACCAAUGAAUGCCAAAUGAUUGGCUACCUGUGCAACAGUAACAAAGACUUUAUUGAUGGCAAUUGUGGCGAUUGCGGUGAUGAUAAUAGUUGGUGUAUGCCUAUGGAGUUUAUGCCCGAGUUUUGGUCCAAAUCGGAUAAUUGGAUUAAAAUUUCAAAUAAAAAAUCAAACGAUUAUUAUAUAAGGACUUCCGAUAAACGGCCGUUUUGUUUAUAUCACUAUCAGAUUGUGAUAUCAAUAUCACAACUAUCAACUGUUGGUUUUCUUUUGACAAAAAUUGAAUUAACUGGCGAUAAGUCUAUAAAAAUAGACUAUAAUAGAGCUCUAACCAGAUAUAGUAGAGGCAAAAAUUUUACCUAUUUAUAUACGGAUACCGAACCGUUAGGUCAGAUCAAUGAAGUUACCGUUCAUACAAUCAAACAAAAUAUAGUGGGUUUUAUACAUCGGGUUAAUCUAUUUUCGAGAAAAAAUCCUAAUAUUACUGAUGUCGUCCUAAUUGAUGCCAUUUAUGUUAAUUACAUGAGUAAUAUCGAUAAAAAAAUUAGAGACCAAUAUUCAUCACGAUUUAAACCUGUCAAUCAAACGACUAUUAAUAAUAAUAAUGAUUUCUUGUUAUUUCGAAUAGAUGAUGAAACCAUUUAUCAAAACCAAACCAUAAGCCUUAAUCAAACCGAAACCGUAAGCCUAAAUCAAACCCAAAUCGUAAGCCUUAAUCAAACACAAACUGUAGGCCCUAAUCAAACCCAAACCAUAGGUUUUAAUAAAACCCAAACCGUAAGCCUUAAUCAAACCCAAACUGUAGGCCCUAAUCAAACCCAAACCAUAGGUCUUAAUAAAACCCAAACCAGUAAUAUAACUCAAACCAAACACUUAAUACAAACUAAAACAAAUCAAACCCGAAAUCUGAUACUAAACUGGUUUUAUUAA